UGUUAGUUGUGUGAUGCAAUGUCCCCCUCCGAUACAAAACCCACCACCGCAACCACUGCCACUACCACCUUGCAUUAAUAACACAGAGAACAUAGUACCACUUCUCGCCUUUCUAAUUGAACUUCAUCAUUAAUUGUUGGACCGAAUUUAAAUAAAAUAUACAUAUAUACGUGUCCAGCUUCUAACGGUAUACUCUGAUUCUUGUCUCCUGUCCGUCUUAAACUUUGUUGGACAUAGUAAGAUUGUACAUUGUGAAACAUGGAUCCAGAGAUCGUGAUCAGUUAUGAUAUAAAAGACUUUCCCUUUGUGGAAAGACUAGCUGCUGAAUUGAAACCAUAUGACUGGAAAGUUUGGUACGACAAGCUUCCCAGCUCUAUUUACUCCACUGUUGAGUAUUCAACCUCACAACGUGGCCAGGCUGUAGUUAAAUCAAAGAUCUUUCUGAUGGUUCUGUCUUUGGAUUCCAUUGAGAAUGUAACCUGCCAGAAUGAACUGGCCUUGGCCUACGUUACCAAUUCUAUAAUCAUUCCUGUGGCUCGUAUCGACAAUUUCAAAGAACUUGGUGACCACCUCAACUCAGGAAUGAAACUGAUGCUGUCAAAGUUGAACUGGUGCUUCUUUGGUAGAAGCGACAACUUUGACAAGAAGUUCAAAAUCCUUAUUGGCAGCAUCAAAGCCGACAUGUACAAGAUCGCUCCAAUGCGCUGCUUUACAAAAUCUUCAUCAAACUCACCAAAUUCUAGCAAGUUUGCCACACUUUUUCGACAGAACUCUGUGAUUAAAGAGAGUACAGUGAUGAAGACUUACAAAGAUGAUACCGAUUCGGAUGACUCGGAUUGCCACAGCGAUCUAGAAGUGGAUUCUAACUUCUGGGACCGCCACUUCCCCAGUGAGACCAGCAUCAGUUGGGACAUCUUCAAACAGUGUUUCCUUGUAGACUACGAAGAACAGAUUUCAUCGAAGUAUUCUUACAGCAAGCUCGCAUUCUUCAUCAACAUGAUUUUUCGGGAUAUAUUUCACUGCGAGCAGAAACUGGACCGAGAGGUUUUCAAUCAAUUCUGUCAGAAUGAGAACGGAGAUUCGGAAUCAUUCUAUAACAAACUACAACAGUAUGCUGUGGGCUACCAUGCCAUGAAACAAGUAUUCAACAUGGACAGCCAACAUCGAUUGACCGCUAUUGAAAAUCUCGGUUCCUAUUCUUCACCUGCUGUUUUACACUUUCUGGAAGAUAUGUUACAUGAAUCUGACCCAAAUAUUCGUGCUGUUGCUACCAUAGCCCUGGCCAAAGCAGGUAAAGGAUCAAAGAGAGAAACUGCAGAGAAGAUUCUUCCAAUGCUCCAGGAUAAGGAUCGGAUAGUAAGAGAGAGCGCCGUGUUGUCUUUGGGUAAACUGAAGGACCGUAGCUGUGUGAAAGCCAUCAUAGAUCGCUGGCGAAAUGAUCCAGUGAACGGUGUCCGACAAGUGGCCCAGGAGGCACUGGCACAGAUCGGCGGUGAAGAAGCAGACAGAUGCGUCGCCAUAACUAAACUACUAAUGUCAGAGAUCGAAGCUUUAAAAACCAAAUCUUGAACUACACCCCGCCGUACCCCACCUCGUCCCGCCCCACCCCACCUCGUCCCGCCCCACCCCUAAAUUUUUUUAAUUCCGGUAUCCUGUGACCCACACUCGACACCCCCUUUCUCCACCACCCUGACACCCCCUUUCUCCACCACCCUGACACCCCUUUCCCACCCCCAUACACCUUCCACCCCUAUCCACCCCACCACUCAUUUCGUCCUCCUUCUUUGGAGUACUCUUCUGAGGAUAUUCACCUUUGACCUCUAACCCCUAUUUUCUUCAUUCUCUUAUGUCCUCUCUCUCACUUUUCUCCCCUAUUUCUCUUUCUUUAUUCCACUAGUCUUUAUAUAUAUAUAUAUAUUUAUUUCUUUUUUUCUUCUUUUUUUAUAUUUAAAUUUUCCAAAAGAAAAAUAUUGUUGACUAAUUAAGCAAAUAAUUAAUUAAUCUGUCCAUUUAAUGUGUUUCUCAUCUGUUGUGAGAAAAUUAAAUGUUAUGGUUAUUCCAGUGAGGUUGAUUUUUGCCUUUUAUCCUUUCGGGGUCAAUAAAAUAAAUACCAGUUAAACACUAGGGGUCAAUGUAAUUGACUCUUCUUCUCCCCAAAAUUUCUGCCUGUGUGGCAAAAUUUGAAA